UCUUCAAUGUCCCCCAUGAACUUCCCUUUUGUCCAGACAUAUCGCCAUCAACAGCUGGUGACCACUUCAAAUAUAAAGUAUUUUUGAGGAAACUAUCAACCAAAACCUAUCCCUAUAUAAAUGCACCCAAUCUCUCUCAAAGCAAAUCAAGCAACAUACAUACAGCACGGAAACAGCUCAAAACCCCAAAGAAGUCAAGAGCCAUAAUAAUAUCCAUGAUGCCACCCCAUCAUCACGGCCCAGCCAUCCAACGGCCGAGAGCGGCGGGAUCGAACGGUCCCCUGAAUUUCGCCCAGAAAUUCCACCCCUGCCACUACCAAAUCCCGUUUUUUAAAAUCAAAAUAGAAGGCUCCCUUCCCCAUGCUUCAGCUCCCCUCCCCCCGCAUGCGCCCUCCUGCGCAGCUCCGGGCCACUGCCAGGUAGGCCCCACCAUGCAGCAGCCGCCUCCCCCGGCGCCGCAGUCGCUCGUCUCUCGUGCGCGCACGGCGAUCCACUCCGCCGCCGCCCGCGUGCUCACCGACAUCAAGGCCGACCUCCGCGAUGCGGACGGAUCCGGCGGGCGAAGCAGGGCGCCGUCGCCGAGGACUUCGCUGGAUCGGGAGGCUGAAGCGGGCUUCACGGGGCAGGAGCGGGACCUCAAGCCACCGUCGCCGCGUGAUGAGGUAACAGAAACAAGCCCUUCAGGGAACGAGGAUUGCUCAAGCAUACCAAUUGAAUCAACUUCUUCAACAAAGCUGGCCUUUCCUCCAGCUUCAGUGGUUAAACAACUGGUAGCUGCCAUUGAAAAUGGAAAAAAUUUCAAGUCAAUGAGUGAUAUGAGGUCUGCUGGAGACCAAUUACUGAAAGAGAAGGCAGGCUUGAGCUUAUCUGUUGUUAAAUCACUUGUUCGACGCGACAAGGAAGAAAGAUUGAGUUCUGAAUUUUUUGGUGAUGAAGAAACUCAAUCUUUGAUGUACUCUCUGUUCAAAUUAGAGGAACAGUUUCCACAUGAUGGAAAUAAUGGUAACCCCGAAUUGAUUCAUUCAAGAUCUCUGUCCAAGGAUCUACAGGGUGCGCCACCUGGAAGUUUUAUUCAUCAUUUAGCAGAGGUUAUUGGCAGCAUUAGUUCUGUGCACAAGAUGGCAUUCUUUUGGCAGUCAGUUGUUCUUGAGUUAAGGAAACUGUGGUCUGAUUGGCAACCUGUGCCUCGAAUGCCAUUGGAUGCUGCUCCGGACUUGAAUUCUUGUUUACUACAUCAGGAGAUACAAGUCGUAAAUUGCUGCAUUGCCAGGAAAAAGAGAAGAAAAGCAGCAAAGGAGUCACUGGAUUCCUUGCUAAAGCAGGCAAGUAUUGAUAACUCAAAACCCAGGUCUUCAAAUGGUGAGUCUCCUGAAAGCGAGAUGUAUGCAAGAGAUUGUACUGGUGAUUAUGUUCUUCGACUUGGUGCUGAUCGUUUAUCCGAGAACUUAACAUUGCUGGAGACUGGUGAGCCUAUCUAUUCCCCAACACUGCAGGAAGGCCCUAUCAUGACAGCAGAGCUUAUAAAAGAAACAGAGGAGCUUGUCUUACGGACAGGGAGUCUCGGUGCCGGAUGCUCUCAACUUCUAUCAGAUAUGCAGGCUUUUAAGGCAGCAAAUCCAGGAUGUGUUCUGGAAGACUUUGUUAGAUGGCACUCUCCACCUGAUUGGUCUGAAGACUGUGCAGCAAACAGUACCACUGUAGGGGAAGGCUCAUCUAGACGUGGGCGGUUAAGUGAUAGAAUGCAAACAAAAGAAGGAAACUUGUGGAAGGAAUUGUGGGAGGCUGCAAAACCUAUACCUGCUGUCGAACAGACUCCUAUAUAUGAUGAAGAUUUAGCAGUGGAGAGCAUCUUUGAUGCCUUGGAAGUUAUUGAGCCAUCUAAACUGUUUGAGCAGCUGCUUGCUGUCAUUCUUUCUGUAUGCUUUGUGACAGCAGAAUCAGUUCUAGCAGCAGAUAGCAGCCUGUCAAAAUUAUUCUAUGAUUGCAAGGACUACAUAGCUGGCAUUUACCAAGAUGACAUGUCAAAAGAGAAGCUAGAUGAAAUCUGCAAGGUGUAUGAGACAAUGGAAGCCAUAGUAACCCACCCUGAAGAAGCUCUCCAGAUCAUGGAGCAACCUGAUGAAAAAUCUCUUGAAAAUAAAAAUCGUUUCAAGCUGAAACUCAACUUUAUGGCCAAGGAUCGCCCACUCUGGAAGCGCCCGCCAAAGGAUGAGAAGAGGAUGUCUCCAAAGGAUGACAAAAACACAUUGGAGGAAAAGAACACCAAGAUAUUCUCCAACCUUUUUGACAAGAAGGUCUCCAUAUUUUCUAAGAAGAAUGUGAAAUCAUCGGAGGUGCCACCGACACCACCGUCUUCUUCGCCAGGGCCAUUUGACGAGAGUGAGUGGACGAUUUUGUAGCUGAAAUUCCUGUGUUAUUCCUUUGUACAACUUGUAGAGAGGUGUCCCAAAGAUGACGGGGAUAAGCUUAAGCUGUAAAUACUCAUCCAAUUCAUUGAACGUUUUUUAAAUAAACUGAAAAAUGUGAAUAUUUGAAUGCA